AUGACUGUGGAGCUUUAAUCAACUACUACUGUGUUUGAACUUUUUGAAGCCAUAAAAUUUCACUUAAAGUAAUUCUAAACUAAAAAAGAUAGAUUUGAAGGAAGUUUUAAACGAUGGACUUGCUAUUCUGUUUCAAGGCAAAAAUGGUUGAAUAUUUCAGAGGAAAUUGGGAAUUAUUAGGAUGAGAUUUUUAAUGUUCACAUGAAACCUGAUUUAGUAUCUAAAUUUGAAAAAGUAGAGACAUGGAAUCUAAAAACAAUAAUUAUUCAACCUUCAAAUCACAAUAUGAUGGUAGAGCUUUAAUCAACUACUACUGUGUUUGAACUUUUUGAAGCCAUAAAACUUCACUUUAAGUAAUUAUAAAAUAAAAAAGAUAGAUUUGAAGGAAGUUUUAAACAAUGGAUUUGCUAUUCUGUUUCAAGGCAAAAAUAGUUGAAUAUUUCAGAGGAAAUUGGGAAUUAUUAGGAUGAGAUUUUUAAUGUUCACAUAAAAUCUGAUUUAGAAUCUUAAAAUGAAAAAGUAGAGGACAUUAAUAUAUAAAUUGAUAUAAAAGACAGCGGCAUUAAUAGGAAAUUUUCGACAAUUUUUAAAUCAAGCGAUAUUAUUUAAUCAGUAGCUUAAGCAACUUUAUCUUAUUGUUAAUUAUCAGAUUAAUAGUAAAUAAAUAUAUAAUUUAUAUAGGGAAGUAGCAGCAGUUGAUUUAUUUAUAUUUGGUUAACCUUAUAAUGAUAAAAUUAAAAGAUUUAAAUCAUUUUCAGACUUAUAAAUUAAGAAUAACACAACAAUAGAAGCAAGAAUUAGAUGGAUUGGAGGAUGA